GGACUCGGCGCUGCUUUAGCAGCUGCAGAUUCGUCACACGUUCGGAACCGGACAGGGGAGAGCAGUGGUGAGGCCCGCUCUUCAAGGGAUGCGACAGGCCUGCCGGCUCCCCCCACUGCUUCUUCCCGUGCGGGCCGGAGGGAAGAAAGAGGUGGAACCGCUUCUCUGCCACCCGCAAGGCUCCUGGAGGCGCCGGUGUCGAAUGUGCUCCGGUGAACGCAGAGCCCGCCGGGCCUCGCGCAGUGUAAAUGAGCCAGGAUGGACCAGGAAGGAGGGGGAGAUGGGCAAAAGCCCCCCAACUUCCAGUGGCGAAACUACAAACUCAUCGUGGACCCUGCACUGCACCGGCUCCCACAGAAGGUUUACCGCUAUGACGGGAUUCACUUCAGUGUCAACGAUGCAGGAUACAAGAUUGUUAGCAAGCUCCAAGACCCCCGUCAACGACUCACCUGGUCCAAAAACAGGGACCUUUCCCUCCCAGUCCCUAAGUUUAAGCUUGACGAGUUCUACAUUGGGCAGGUCCCACUGAAGGAAGUGACCUUUGCCCGGCUGAAUGACAACGUUCGGGAGACCUUCCUGAAGGACAUGUGCCGCAAGUAUGGAGAGGUGGAAGAGGUGGAGAUCCUGUUGCACCCCCGAACCCGAAAGCAUCUAGGCCUAGCCCGAGUGCUCUUUGCCAGCACUCGGGGUGCCAAAGAGACCGUAAAACAUCUCCAUCACACCCCAGUCAUGGGCAAUAUCAUCCACGCCCAGCUUGACAUCAAAGGGCAACAACGAAUGAAAUACUAUGAACUGAUUGUCAAUGGCUCCUAUACCCCCCAAACAGUGCCCACAGAGGGCAAAGUCCUGAAUGAGAAGUUCCAAGGAUCUGCAAUACCCACUGAGACGACGGAAUCUCGACGCCGGCCUUCAUCUGAUUCAGCCUACCCAUCAAGCACUUCUGUGCCAGUCACACCUGGCAAUGGCACACCCUGCUCUCAGGAUACAACUUACUCUAGUAGCCGGCAAGACACCCCAUCCUCCUAUGGCCAGUUCACGCCACAAUCCUCUCAAGGGACGCCUUAUACCUCCCGGGGUAGCACCCCGUAUUCCCAGGACUCUGCCUAUUCCAGCAGGCAAGGAACUCCUGGCUAUUCGAGUUACCAUCCAGAUUCCUCUUCUUCUGCCACCUCUUCCUAUAAGCCUCGUCGGUCAGAGAACAGCUAUCAGGAUUCCUAUUCCCGCCGACACUUCUCUUCUUCAGCUACCACUGUUGCCUCUUCUUCUUCAUCAUCAUCGUCGUCAUCGUCAUCCUCGUCAUCCUCCUCCUCUUCAUCUUCAUCCUCUUCCUCUUCAUCCUCUUCUUCCUCCUCCUCUUCUCACUACCGUGGUUCUGACUCACACUAUCCAGCAUAUUAUGAGAGCAGUAGCCGAUACCAGCGCCAUGCCUCCUACCCACCCCGUCGUGCACCCCGGGAGGAGCCCCCAGGAACCCCUUUCCCUGAGCGCUUCCCACCCUCCUACACCUCCUACCUGCCCCCUGAGCCCAGUCGCCCUGCUGACCAAGACUAUCGACCUCCUGCCCCAGAGGUUGCACCUCCAGAGCCUCCGGAACCUGUCAGUGGAGGGGGUAGGGGGGCCAGCCCUGAACAAGAGGAAGCCAGAAGUUCACCUCACCCAGGCUCCCCAAUUCGAUCUUGCUCACCUGCCCCAGAGAUCACCAAUGAGAGUGUGCCCUUUGCCCAGCAUAGCAGCCUAGAUUCCCGGAUUGAAAUGCUGCUGAAGGAACAGCGAUCCAAGUUUUCCUUCUUGGCCUCAGACACGGAAGAAGAGGAGGACAACAGUAGUUUGGGCCCUGGGGCCAGAGAAGCUGGGAGUGAGGUCCUCCUGGGACCAACUCAUGGGCCUUGCACACCUCCCCCAGCCCCAGCAAAUUUUGAGGAUGUAGUUCCUAUGGGGAGUAUUGAACCUGGGGCACCUGGAGAAUCUCCCAAAGCCAAUGGACAGGACCAGGCCUCUCUUCAUUCUUCUGGUGAGGACAUGGAAAUCUCAGAUGAUGAUGGUGGAGGAUCACCCCCAACGGCCCCCUCACCCCCACAACCUCCACCUCCACCACCUCCACCACCUCCACCUCCACCCUUUCUGGCUCCUCUUCCCCUGGGCUAUCCCCAUCAGCCUGCCUAUCUUCUUCCUCCCCGGCCAGAGGCACCCCCACCCCCUGAAUAUCCUCCACCCCCUCCCCCUCCCGCACACAUCUACGACUUUGUCAACUCCCUUGAGCUAAUGGACCGACUUGGGGCUCAGUGGGGAGGGAUGCCCAUGUCCUUCCAGAUGCAGACCCAAAUGUUGACCAGGUUGCACCAGCUGAGGCAGGGUACAGGGGUCACUGCUGCAUCAGCAGCGCCCCCUAGUGGAGGUUUUGGGGAGCAUUUCCUUCCAUUCUCUCCACAUCAAGAAGCUGCCUAUGCACUACCCUACACUCUGUAUGCCCCUGGACAGGAGAACCGAGGGGCUUAUGCCCGUGAGACCUAUCACCUGCCCUUACAGGCAGAGCCCUUGCCUUCCUCCUCUGCCUUAAGGGAGGAGGAACACCCACCUCUUGGGGAGGAGGUAGAAAUGGCAGAGGGGAAGGCACCACCUCCUGCUGGCACAGUGGGCCGGGUGCUGGCUACCCUGGUGCAAGAGAUGAAGAACAUCAUGCAACGGGAUCUUAAUCGCAAGAUGGUGGAAAAUGUAGCUUUUGGAGCUUUUGACCAGUGGUGGGAAAGUAAAGAGGAAAAGGCUAAGCCUUUCCAGAAUGCAGCCAAACAACAGGCAAAAGAAGAAGACAAGGAGAAGACAAAACUAAAGGAGCCAGGGCUGCUCUCCCUUGUGGACUGGGCCAAGAGUGGGGGUGCUGCAGGCCUUGAAGGCUUUGGAUUUGGCUCUGGGCUUCGAGGAGCACUUCGACUGCCUUCAUUCAAGGUAAAGCGGAAAGAGCCUUCUGAAAUUUCAGAGGGUGGAGAAGAGAAGCGGCCUCGGCCUUCUACCCCAGCUGAAGAGGAUGAAGAUGAACCCGAUCGAGACAAGGAAGCUGGAGAGUCAAGUCGACCAGGGAUGAAGGGCCCAAAGCGAGAAGAGGAGAGGAGUAAGGCCCAGGGCAAACACAGAAAACCUUUUGCUCUGGACAGUGAAGGGGAAGAGGCAUCACAAGAGUCUUCCUCUGAGAAGGAGGAAGAAGAUGAUGAGGAUGAGGAAGAGGAAGAAGAGCACAGUGAAACCAUGGAAACCAGUAAGAAGGAAGCUGAGGCAUCUGGAGGUGAGGAUGAGGAGAGUGCCUCCUCCUCCAAAUAUUCUCUGUAUGCUGAAUCAGAAGGUGAGAAUGACAGCACUUCAGACUCAGAGAGCAGCAGCUCCUCUAGCAGCUCUUCCUCAAGCCCUUCUUCCUCCUCCUCUUCCUCAACUUCCUCCUCUGCAUCUGAAGAAGAGGAGGAGGAGGACGAGGAGCCAUCAGCAGUUUCUUCAGCCUUGUCACCCCCUCGGGACAUCCCAUCAGAUCUCCCUGUCCCUGUGGAGGAGCCAGAACAAGAGAAGGCUUUAGUUCCACCUGUCAUACCUGUUCCUGAGUUGGAGAAGGUCCCAGUGAGGCCUCCAGGUCCUCCUGAGGAACCAUUGCCUGAGACACCUCAGCAUCCCCCAGAGCCACCAGCUGUCUCCCAAGCCUCUCCUCCCCUACCUCUUGCCCCUCGUCCUGAAGAAUGUCCAUCUUCUCCUAUCCCACUUCUCCCACCACCGAAGAAGCGUCGGAAAACAGUCUCCUUCUCUGCAUCAGAGGAAACCCCAACCACCCCAACCCCUGAGGCUCCCCCACCUGUUGCACCUCCAGCUAAGCCUCCUGGUCCCUUUCCCCGUAAAAUCUCCCGGGGUGGGGAUCGGACCAUUCGAAAUUUGCCCCUGGACCAUGCUUCUCUGGUCAAGAGCUGGCCAGAGGAUGGCUCCCGGGUGGGGCGGAACCGGAGUGGAGGUCGGGGUCGUCUGCCAGAAGAAGAAGAGCCCGGGACUGAAGUUGACUUAGCAGUGUUGGCAGAUUUGGCUCUGACUCCAGCUCGGCGAGGGCUCGUCACUCUGCCUGUAGGGGAUGAUUCUGAGGCCACAGAGACCUCGGAUGAAGCUGAGCGUUUGGGUCCGGCGGGUCCCUCAAUCAUUCAUGUUCUUCUGGAGCACAAUUAUGCUCUGGCUGUGCGGCCUGCUCCCCCUGCCCCAGUUUCCAGACCCCUGGAUCCACUUCCUUCCCCUGCCACUGUCUUCAGCUCACCUGCCGAUGAGGUCCUAGAAGCUCCUGAGGUAGUGGUCGCUGAGGUGGAGGAGGAAGAAGAGGAGGAGGAGGAGGAGGAAGAAGAGUCAGAGUCAUCAGAGAGUAGUAGCAGCAGCAGUGAUGGGGAGGGCGCCUUGAGGCGGCGGAGUCUUCGAUCCCAUGCUAGGCGCCGUCGACAGCCCUUGCCACCUGCCCCUCCGCCCCCACCCAGCUAUGAACCCCGAAGUGAGUUUGAGCAGAUGACCAUCCUGUACGACAUCUGGAAUUCUGGGCUUGAUGCUGAGGACAUGGGCUACUUACGACUCACCUACGAGAGGCUGCUGCAGCAGGACGGCGGAGCCGACUGGCUCAAUGAUACCCACUGGGUACAUCACACCAUCACCAACUUGACCACUCCCAAACGUAAGCGAAAGCCCCUGGAUGGGCCCAGGGAGCAUCAGACAGGCUCAGCUCGGAGCGAGGGUUACUACCCCAUCAGCAAGAAAGAAAAGGAUAAGUACUUGGAUGUCUGUCCUGUCUCAGCGCGUCAACUAGAGGGCUCAGACACCCAGGGGACAAACCGGGUGCUAUCAGAAAGAAGGUCAGAGCAACGUAGGCUGCUUAGUGCCAUUGGUACCUCAGCCAUUGUGGACAGUGACCUGCUGAAAUUGAAUCAGCUCAAGUUUCGGAAGAAAAAACUCCGAUUUGGCAGGAGCCGGAUCCAUGAAUGGGGUCUUUUUGCUAUGGAACCCAUUGCAGCUGAUGAGAUGGUUAUAGAGUAUGUGGGACAGAACAUACGUCAGGUGGUGGCUGACAUGAGGGAGAAACGGUAUGUGCAGGAGGGGAUUGGCAGCAGCUAUCUGUUUCGAGUGGACCAUGACACUAUCAUCGAUGCCACAAAAUGUGGGAAUCUGGCACGAUUUAUCAAUCACUGCUGCACGCCCAACUGCUAUGCCAAGGUGAUCACCAUUGAGGCCCAGAAGAAGAUUGUAAUCUACUCCAAGCAGCCAAUUGGGGUGGAUGAAGAGAUCACCUAUGACUACAAAUUCCCCUUGGAAGACAACAAGAUCCCGUGUUUGUGUGGCACUGAAAGUUGCCGGGGUUCCCUCAACUGAGGUCCCUAUGGAGGGGCUGGCUUUACCCUACCACCCCCUCCUCCAAUACACACACAUGCCCCUAAUUUAUUCCUGCCACAGGCUAGAGAACCAGCUAGGGCUUGAAUUGCCCUUUGACUUAUGUUCUGGGGUUCAGACUUAGACCCUGAGCCUCCGUUUCCUGUGGUUCCCAAGAUAAGGUGGGAGAGUGGUAGGGGGCAUGAGGUCUCUGCAGGGUGAGCAGAGAAAAUCCACCCCACCGUUUAGGAACCUAGAUACAGGAAAAAAUAAAAUUGGAGUGUUCCCCCCUCCCCUUGUGGGGAGUAUGGGUCUCCCAGAUUCUGGGUUGUGGGGAAUGCCCAAAACAUGAGGCAGGUUCUGCCCCCACUUUUUUUUUCUUUUCGGAGAAGAAACUGUAAAUGUUUUGUAGCUGCUAGCGGCUGUUUCCUGUGGAAACCUGGGGUGCCGGCCUGUACAGAUGCUGUUCUUUGAGGGGGAGGACUUUCCUAUCCCCCCCCAGCUUUGUUUUAUUGGGGGCUAUUCCCCUUACACCUCUUUUCUUCUCCAUUUUGGGGUCUCUGGAGCAGCUGGCCAUAUUUUUCCCCCCUCAGGAGAGCUCUUUCCUGGACCCCAGCUGGGAAUCUCUCCCUUCCCUGGUAUUGAUACUCCCUCCUCCCCCAAACCAGGGAAGACAGGGGUCUAUAAUUUCCCUGGCCUUGUCGUCUGGCCGUACUAGGCCUAAAAGGCCACAAGGGGUUAUCUGAAACCUGGGCCUUCACUUUGGGCUUUAGAGGCAUCAAGGCCAGGCCUGGGGCAAGGGGGAUUGUGACAUGGGAGGGUGUCUCCUGUCCACCCCAAGCUGCCUCUGCCCUGUUCUUCAAAGGGCCAUGUUCAAAUUCCCACCCCAUAAGUGGCUGCACAGCUGGCCAGGGGCUGGGAGAAGACAGAUGGCACAGGCCCCCAGGGUUUGACCCCAGCUCUAUCCUCCCCACUCCUGUUGGCCUGGUUUUGUACAUAUGUUAAUAGCGCGGAUGCCUCGGACCCGACGCCACAUUUUUAUAAUUGUGAUUA